AUGCGACCGGAAGAAAAGGCAGCCCAAGCCCUCGUGAGUCGCUUCUCAUCCCCAUGCGCUCAUCUCCUCGAGUCCAUCGCCUCAGUCGCCAUGGAAUACGUGAACCCCAGUCAGCUAAUGCUAAACCCUAGACGCACCGCUCAAAUCGAGGAGCGUCUGAAUGGCUUGGUGAGCUUGCUGCAAGCAUCAGGAGAGCUGCCGCCCCAAUCCCAAGGGCAACAGCAGGACGGCAGCACUCCUGGUGACUAUGACGAGUCUAACAUUACAUCAUCGCAGAUGACAGAGUCACCCAUAGCUAGCAAUCCAGCUCCAGUCCAGAGCCAGCAGACGGCCAAAGAAUGGUUCAUUCCCGCAACAUACAACUCGUUCGGCGCCGCAAACUGCAUCUGCCGCCCAGCACCCGGCGAUGCGCCGCCACCUCCAGAGACCGACGAUGUUGCCUUGGAAAUCUACAGGACUCAGCUGCAACAGCUGUACCCAUUUGUCGUUAUCCCGCCGAGCAUAACAGCGGCCCAGCUCGGCGUAGCACGCCCAUUUCUCAUGUCGGCAAUUCGCAUGGUUACUUCUUUUCGCAGCCUGCGUUCGAUGAGAGCGCAGAUGUACGCCUUGAAGAUGCACAUCUCCGAUUUCAUGCUGAUUCGCUCGGAGCGGUCCAUGGAUCUUCUUCAGGGCAUUAUCGUUAUUCUUGGCUGGUACCAGUACCACUGCUUCACCCAUGCCCAGCUCCAUAACCUGCUGUCGCUAGCAAUUUCUCUCAUCGGGGAGAUGGGACUCAACCGACAUCCUAUCAUCCACGAGGGCACCAGACUUAUGGCCGCCCAACCGCCGGCGCCCCUUGUACGGAAUAGCGACGAAAGGCGUGCAUUCCUUGGCGUCUGGUUUCUAGCCUCUUCAAUGUCGACUGUGUUUGGGAGAAUUGAGCCCAUGCGCUAUACCUCAUAUGUCAGAGAAUGUGUCACUAUCCUCGAAAAGAAUAUGGAGUACCAGACCGACGUUAAUCUUGUCUUUCUUUUACGAAUUCAGCAUUUAACCCAGCGCAUUUCGGAACUGAAUCCACGAGACAAUACCAUCGAAGAGUUUACGAGCAUUCCGAAAGCUCCCACGGCAGUAUAUAUAUCUGCUUUUCAAAGCGAGCUUGACGAGUUGCGGGCCAGCUUGCCAGAGCAUCUCAGGAACGACAAUAUCAUCACGAUGUACUUUAAUACUGCGCGUCUGAGACUUUACGAGCCACCGGUUGUCGACAGGAAUCUUAUUGCGUCAUUAGCGGACGCUUUCACAAUGAACAAUACAGGCGGAGGGACGCCUCUCGAUCGUCUCUACAACACCAGUGCCGCUCUUACAGGGUGGUUUGAGACUUGGUUUGUCGUACCAGUUUCUCAAUACGCUUUGCAGCCUACUGCAGUAGGGGCGCAACUUGUGUAUGCAUUGACAAUGCUUGGGAGAUGGGCUCAGCUUGUAGCACCCAAACCGGUUGGGGAGCCCGAGGACACGCAGCGCGGCACAACCGGGCUACCAUCAUUUGAGCCCAAGCCACAAAAUGCACAAGGCACAGCUGCGUCGCCUCAAACAGUUGAUCACGGUGUGAUACCGCCUCGGCUACCUUGCCCACUGGCACCUGCUGAGAUUGACCCGGAUCUGCCCGCCGCCGUCGCGCAUUUACGUGCGCAGCUGAAGACGCACCCAGGCCUCAUGGUCAACGUCGGCGAGAUCCUCCUGGCUAUCUGCAAUCGUUUCGAGCAAACCAACGCCACCUUCCAGAUUUCAUCGACAGACUCGAGAAAGGAUGAAGCCAACGUGUGGAGCAUGACCGCGCUCAGGGUCCGCAUCACCAAAGCGAAGUUGGAGCGGUGGGCCGAGCUCGUCUCCAAGGAGGGUGAGAACCACUCGCCCGGGCAGCAGCUCAAGGCGGACAUGGACACGAGCAUGUCCGGCUGGAACGCCGGACCGUCGUCCGCACCGGCGUCCGGCAUGAUGCAGACCGACGGCGGGGCUUGGCAGGGCAUGGACUCCAACGUGCCAGCGGAUCAAAUGCAAAACGUGUAUGGCAGCACCCCGUGGCGAAGCGACCUGCUCACGGGCGUUGACCCCGCAGUUUGGUUUGAUGGAUAUCUCGACUGGGGCGCGGUCAUCAUGAACUCAAUGGGCACGGUUGAGCAAUAA